AUGUAUAACGGGUUCGCCCAGUAUGCUAGGAGCAACAAAUCGCAAGUUUAUUUAAAAAUAUACGCUCGUUUAAAACAACAAGUACUUUACUUUUCCUUUUCAAAAAAGGUAUCUCAAAUUUGGUUCCUUUCCUGUAAUCUCAUUUUAAUGACUGUCUUUGAGAAAUAUGUUAACCUGACUAAGCUCAUCUUAGACUGUGUAGGUUGUGGGCAUAUUAGCCCACCGCAUUAUGAAUACAUGACCUCUAGUUGGCACACCAAGGUAGAAAUUCCAAGCUACUGUGGAGUAACUGAAUGUCAAAAUGUUAAGGAAUGUAAUACAUACAGCAAGCAAGAUAUGUUGGUAGAACUUGAGUUUUUGAACAUCGCGGACACUUUUAUCGUUUUGGCAACACUGAUCAUGUUGGUAUGUUUUUCGGACGAGUCGAUUUUCCAAGUAUUGGUCGACAAAUCGCAGUUUGUACGGCGAAGGACAAACGAGAAAUAUAAGCCAGAAUGCAUUGUGCCGACCAUUAAACAUCCUCCUUCGGUAAUGGUAUGGUCAGUUAUCAGUUAUAAGGGACAAGGGACCUUAUACGUUGUCGAUGGUACAAUGAAUGCCGAAAAAUAUCAGGAAGUUUUGGAAACCCAGCUGCUCCCUCAAGUCUGCUGCGAACCGUGGAGCUUUAUGACGUUCCUGAUUUGGAAUAUCAGCGGAGCAGGGCUUAGGAAUCGAGUUAAGGUGAAAAAUCCUCAAAAAUUGACCCAAGAUGAAUUAGCGGCUAUAGCCCAAGUUAUAUGUGAUACGGAUACCGAGGAAGAAGUUGGAGGAGAAGGAGAUUCUGAUGGAAGUGAACAAGUAGAGGAAGAAGCACACAAUUCGGAUUCAGAACAAGAAAUAAGCGAACUAGAAGAAGUGGAUGUUGAUCAAAGUAGUUCUGAUUCUGAAGAUAUCCUGCUCUCGGUGUUAGCGGCCAAUAAACAAGAUAAGUAUAUUGGCAAAGACAAAAAGACUAUUUGGUAUAAAAAUUAUCCCAUGAGUAAAUCCAGCAAGUCCAAAAUAAAAAACAUUAUAAAAAUACUACCAGGGCCAAAGCAAUGCGCACGUGACAUAACCGAUGAGACAAGUGCGUUUUCGAAAAUUUUUGAUGAUGAAAUGAUUGAACAUAUUAUUCACUGUACUAAUUUAGAAAUUUCAAGAGUUAGGGAAAACUAUGAUCGAGAACGAGACGCAAAGGACGUUACAAAAACGGAAAUGCUGGCUUUUAUAGGCUUACUGUUUUUAUCUGGAUCUAAAAAGCAAAACCACACCCAUUUUUUGGAAUUAUGGACAAAAGACGGUACCGGAUCAGAAAUAUUUCGAGCUUGCAUGAGUUAUCAAAGGUUUCUUUUUCUGCUGGCAAAUAUUCGAUUUGAUGACAAAACAACAAGGCAUGAACGCAAGAAAAUAGAUAAAUUGGCCGCAGUGCGGUACGUUUUAGAUAAAUUUGUAAGUAAUUGCAAAAAAAACUACUCUAUGGGCGAAUUUAUGACAAUAGACGAAAUGUUGAUUGCGUUCCGAGGACGAUGCAGCUUUGUCCAGUACAUACCAAACAAACCUGCGAAAUAUGGUUUGAAGGCAUUUGUGCUCUGUGAUGCUAGAACAUUUUAUUUGCUAAAUAUAGCAGGCAUCAAUAGCCAAAUUUUGUAUAACGGCACUCACCCUGAAUCUCCUCACAAGUCCAGAAGAAUUUUCCUGAAAACUCUUGCUCUGUCAUUGAUGAAACCUUUUCUUUCUGAAAGAGCUGCAAUACCUACGUUACCUAUAGAUAUCAGACAUUUCCUAUCCAGAUAUAGACAAACUCAAAUGGAUGAAGAAGAGGAGCCACCCAGAAAAAUUAGAGGAAGAUGCUCCAUCUGCGCCCGAAAAAAAAAUAGAGUUACCACAAUUACAUGCAGCAUUUGUCACCAGUUAGUGUGUAAAGAGCAUAGUGUCAACGUUAUCACCUGCCACAAAUGUAAGGAAGGCGGAUCCCAUAUUCCCAAAUUGUUCAGUGACAUGGAAGAUGCUGACUACUAUAUACAGGCAGCCAAACGACUACAGAAGAAAAACAACGGAUACAAAUUAGAAAUUAUAGUUCACAAAUUUGCAACAGAAAAUGCUAGUGACGCUACAAGAACAACCAAUUACAGACCUACCCGUUCACUUCGCCCUUCAGUAGCUAGGAUAUCAAAGAAAAGGACAACACUUGAACCCUCCACAAGAACCGGAGAGCCGUAA